AGAUCUUGAACACAAGAUGAAAGAGCUAAAAUGGAAAAUGGUUGAAUUUAGCCCACCAGGGAGCACAAGAACUUCUCGAUCACCAAUAACAUCGAAGAUUCAAAAACCACGACAUACAUCGCACGCCAGCUCUGUAAGAGUUCCUUUAGGCUGUUUGGAUCAGAAUUUACUUCAAAGUGAAAAUACACAGGCUUCUAUCUCUGAUGAAUGUUCACCGAUAAGUUCCAAUAGUGUGUAUCAAACACCGACAGUUUUACAUUCCGGUGGUAGUUACAGUCAGACUGGCACUAGCUCAAGUUGUGUUCAGAACUCUUUUCACAGUGAAUCGUCACCAGCUGUUCUUCCAGUGUCCGGCCAAGAACGUCAAGAUAGUAUGCUGAACCAACGUGCUUCCUCUUCUGCUCCCGUCACAUCAGAGAGCAGCGAGGAUCAACACAAGAAUGCUGGUGCGUCAGAGAGUCAAAGUCAAAUUGUUGAAUCUGAAUCAACUGACAACUCCGAUAUAACUAAUCGGUUUUCUUUUGGUGUGGGACGUCAUCUCCUUGCAGCCAAACUUUUCAUCUUCAGAGGUGUUUUACAGUUGAGAUUAUUCUUACCGGUCUCCAAUGUCAAACAUCAUGAAAAGGCAGUGUUGGAGCAACUUACAAACCUAUACAACAAGAACUUCAAUCCAAGGGUGAAGCUCAGGCGCCAAACUUUACGGAGCAGUUUGUUUCGGUGGUUGAUCCAACACGGUGGGGCGACCCCAGAACUUCUCGGUAUUAAACCAGAAUCGAGGAUGCUUGUUGUUCGUUCUACAAAUGGCGCAACAAGAAGACGAGAACCUUCUAUCGCAGCUACUGAAACUCAUGAUGAUCAAGAAAGAUGGUCGUCGGAAUAUACCCACAAAAGCUUUAAAACUCCAUUAGAAGAUAUCGCUUCCAGAAUCGUGCAAGAUCUGAGAUUAUACCGCUACUUCUUAGAAGGGAAAACCAUCGAACUCAACAAAAGUUCCCGUGAAUCAAUUCGGCAUGGUACCAAUGCCUAUGCAGAAAGGGAAGCUGAUAAAUUUAUUAAAUGGAAGAAGAGUAAAGAAGGUGCUCCUAGUAAUGAUGAUGCUUUAUUGUCAUCCAGUCCAACUGAAACUUGUUCAGAUAUUACUGCUUUCUCGGAGAGACAUCAAAUCACAUUGGAAGACCUUAAGAAUAAAGUGAUGGGUGUUUAUGAUAUUAACGAUAAAUCACGGAUGGAUGGUUUGGAUGCGUUCUCCUUCACAGCCCAUGGAUUAGAUGACUUCCGUAAUAUCUGUAUCCCAGAUUAUGACGGGUCAUUAAAAAGAUGUAUUGAUAAAUGCAUGAACUUUGAGAUUGCAGGGCUUCAAAAUGUUGAUCAAAAAGAUAUCGAUGAGGUUAUCAGUACUAUAAAAGGAAGUUGUGGUGGUUACGGUCUGGUGAUUGACCCGAAAGCACCAAUGGCCCCUCUGCAAGCAAUGAAGAGCAUUGCUUCCGCUACAUUAGAUUUGAAGCGGGAGCUGGACUCCAACCAGAAACAACUCGAAGAAAAAAUCGAGAAAGCGAUGCAACUCAUGCAUAGUAUGAUAGAGCGCUUUGACAAGGAAGAUAGUAGCUGAUGUAGAAUAACUAUUUGGCAAACCAAUGAAUAUAUGAUUAUCAAGAUAACC